AUGUUUUCUCGUGCUUCAAAAGAUUCUAAUACCUAGAAUAAACCCUCUACUGUAAAAGCAGGUACUGUAAGACAGUAAUCUGCCAAUGGCCUAAGGGAUUUGCAAUAAGAUUAACCAAAUGAUUAGCAGUAAAGUGUAAAAAAAUCAACACAAAGUAGUUUAAGCAGCAAUAUUUCUAAGCCACCAUAAAUUAAACCUAAUAUUGCUAAAUCACAGUAAAGCUAUGAAAAGAACAAAGCCUAAACAGAAUUUUACAUGUGUCUCAUAAAAGAUAGAUAAUCUACAAAUAAUAAUGAGAGUAGUAAUACUAGUAGUAGUUCCAAGCCUCCAAGCUAGAAAGUGAUUAGUUCUUCAAUUAAAAAAAAAGAUACUCCUUAAUAGGUAGAUUAUAGAAAAGAAGAUUAAGAAGAUCAAAGCUUAAAUCAAAGCAGCAGAACUGAAGAAUUUGUAGGUGAUUAAAAAUAAGCUAAGAAAAAAUAAGGAGAUAACUAAAAGACAAAACAAAAUUAAGCUAGUUUGAGUGAAUUAGAGUAGCUGAAAGACGAGCUAAAUUAACUUAAUCGCAAUAAUUAUGAAUAAAAUAUAAAACUAAAAGAAGAAAAGAUGGAACAAAAGAGACUAAAAGCAAAAAUAUCUCAAUUAGAAACAGAUAAAAAUAAUUUGGUUUAGUAGAUUAAAGAGAAAGAUUAAAUUAUUUAAUAAGGACUUUAAAAAAUGAAGAAUUAAUUCACAGAAAAAAGAAAUUUUUUAAUUCAAAGUUAAAUGAUCAAGCAAAGGAGAUACAUUUAGCAUUUAACUAAGCUAUCCAAGAGUAAUAAGACAAUUUCUGCCGAACUUGAGUAUUAAUUGGACUAUUUAAAAGAUUUGAUUGAAAAAGUUUCUAAUGACUGUAAGUAAUCCAGUAUUUCCUAGCAAAGCGAGUAGAAGCUUGAGAUGGCAAAAUAAAAUGUGAUCAAUUUAAGAAAAAAAUUAGAAGAUCUGAAAAAUUAGACUGCCUUCAAUUUUAGUUCAAAUUUGUUAAAAGAGUUUGAUGUUAAUUCAGAUAAAGAUAUUUCAAAGUAAACCUUCUUGAUAUAAUUAGAGCAAUCAGCAAACAAGCUAUUUAAUUCAUCAUUAACUUUAGUUAACUCAAAUGAGCAGAAAAAUAAGGAGAUGGCCUAAGUUACGAUGGAUAUAAAAGAAUUCGUAGAAGGAUGCUUGAGGUAUGGAAUGGACAUCUAGAUGGGAGAAAAUGAAUAUGAAGUAAUUAAGAGUAACGAAGAAAUUCGCAAUGACGUUCUAAGGAGUGUUAGAGAAAAAGUUGGAGGUUUUGAGCAACCAAUGAUCGAUAACAUAUUAUUUAAUGGGUAAUUAUUUGAAUUCCUUCAUAAAAUAUAGCUUGAUAGAAACCAAUUAAUCCAUAAAUAUAAAAACACUUCUGCAGUAGAAACAUACGUGAACUCCUUAAUAACCAACGAGUAAAACAAAAAGAUUUUAAAGUAAAUUGGAGUAUUGCAUAGAAUUAAGGAUUGUAUAGGAAUGGAUUUGAAUCUAUUAAAUAAAAUGAAUAACAUAAUCAGAACUCUGUUUUUCUAAUCACAGAUAAGCCUUUAAUAUUUAAAUGAAUUUGUUGUGUAACAACUUCAAACAUUAAACUAAAUAAUUUCUGAAUGUAUUUUUAAACCCUUCACAGACAUGUAUGAAAUCUACUAAAAAUAUUAUAAACAAGAAAAAAACAAUAACUAUCCAAUCCACUUAGCUCAAAUAUUUAACAUGAACUGUGAACAAAUGAAAAUAAAUAUAGAGUCAAUCAUUAAUCUAUAAAAUCAAGAGGUAUUCUAAACUAACAGAAAUAUGAACUUGCCUCUUAUAACCUAAAUUUAAAAAGUUUACUAAGAAUUAUAUGGAAAACUUGAAUAGUGA